AGCAAAAGAUGUGUGCCUUUUACAGUUCUUAGUUAAUUGCUUCAACUACAGCAGUCCGCAACCGUUAAAUAGGAACCAAAGAAAAGGGGAAAAAUUAGACAACGCAAAAUCUCCCUCUCUCUGAUCAACUCCACUCCUAGGGUUUUUCCCCUAAAUUUCAAUUCUCCGGAAACCUAGCUCCCGCAAAUUGUUGGUGGAACUCUGGAUUAAUGGUCGACGCCGGCGGUUCGGAAUCGUGUUCCGGGUCAAAACCAAUGUCCACGUGCGAAUCACACGGCGACCGUCUCCGGUUCACGGUGGAGCUGCGGCCAGGAGAAACAACAAUCGUUUCGUGGAAGAAGCUUCUUAAGGAGACAACUUCCAGUAAGCCCAAUAAGCAUGGUCCUAGAGCUGCUGGCCCGUCCUCAGCGGCCAAUCAGCAGCCAGCUCCGCAGCCCCAUCCCCCUCCUACGCCACCUGCAUUGGCCUCUUCGGAGCAGCCGGCGGAGAAUGAUGUGAAGGAUGCUCAAGGUCAGGCUGGGACGAACCGUCUGAGCACCGUGAUUGAGAAAAUCGAGCGAAUGUACGCGGGUGAAGGAACUAGUGAAGACGAAGAAGUUUUUCUUGAUGAUGUGCCAGAUGAUGACGAGUAUGAUACAGAGGAUUCCUUUAUUGACGAUGCUGAGUUGGAUGAUUAUUUCCAGGUUGAUAACUCAUCAAUAAAACAUGAUGGGUUUUUUGUUAACCGUGGGAAGUUGGAGCGCAUUGAACCUACCACAUCUGCUAAACAACAGCCAAGGAAAAGGAGACGUAAAGAUGUGACAAAAACUCAAGGUGGGAAUGAAGAUGUUCAAAACCCAAAUAAACACAUCAAAUUAGGAAAUAAAGGAAGAAAAUCAUCAUCCUCAAUUGAAAGAAAUACAACUAGUCAGUUCAACUUGCAUAGUACAAAUGUGCUAGAGGCUUCUCAAGCAGACGCAGCUGGUGGUUCAAUGAAGAAGAAAACUGCAGAUAAUCAGAUUGUGAUGGAUCCUACAGGAUCAUUAGAGCGCAAGGAUGCGGACCAGCAAAAGGUCUUCCCAUCACAGAAUCACAAUAACAAAUUGAAGGACAGUAGCGAACUUCAAGAUGCUUCAGCUCAGAGGCCAAGUUGUUCACCUGUAAGCAAACCUCAGUAUGGAAAACUAAAUAAUGCUAAGGAGCUGGACCAAUCUAUUCAACAAAAAGAUAAAAGUGGACCUGUUGAAAGAUUUGACCUUAAUAUCCCUCCAAGCAGAGACUUGCCACAAAUAGCGAAGGUUGCCCACAUUCCAAGAAAAGAAGGAUCUAAUGUUAGACCAAAAAUUACAGUGCUCGACAAAGCCAUUAGAGAGUUAGAGAAGAUAGUUGCAGAAUGUAUUUACGAACCCUACUGCAAUGCUAGACCACCUUCAACGGAGGUACAGGAUCCUGAUAGUUCUUCUCAGGGAGUCAAAAGGAGAUUGUCACCUGAAAUAAAGCAGAAGCUGUCUAAAGUUGCUAGAUUAGCGCAAGCUAGCUAUGGAAAAAUACCAAAGGAUGUAAUCAAUCGUCUGAUGAGCAUCUUAGGCCACUUGAUGCAACUUCGGACACUGAAGAGAAAUCUUAGAGUGAUGGCUAAUUUGGGAUUGUCGGCUAGGAAAGAGAAGGAUGAUCGUUUGCAGAAGACAAAACAAGAAGUUGCUGAGAUGGUUAGGCAGCGGGUGCAAUAUGUGAAAUCCAAAGUAUUCGUUUUACUUGUUCAGCAACAAACUGCUAUGGAUGAUUUUCAAGAAAUUAGUCAUGAAGAAAAAGAAGCCUUGAAAAGAAAAUACAGCAUGGACGAUGCACUGGAGAACAAGAUUUGUGACUUGUAUGACCUUUAUGUUGAGAGACUAGAAGAAGAUUCAGGCCCUCCUGUGAGAAGACUUUAUGAAGAGCUUACAGCAUUAUGGCCUGGUGGAGUCAUGGACACUGAUGGAAUUAAACGUGCAAUACAUAAAGCAAAAGAUAGAAGGAGGGCAUUUGGUGGCCGACAGAGGAAUCAAGAAAAGGUUAAGAGGAAGAAGGUCUUAGCACAAAAAUUGGAGGAUACUAUCCGAAGGGAAGGUAGUGUUGUUAGUCCGGCAAUGCAUUUUCAUGAGAAAAUUUUGUUGGAGUCCCGUGACCAUGCUUCACCAUUGCUGACUAAGCUAGUCCAUAGUGCCGCUGUAUCUCUACCCGAACCUUAUGUACCAUUUCCUGUUGCAAGUGUCCCUAAUGUAGACAAGCCGAAGCAAGAGAGAGUGAAGGCUAGCCCCAACAGCAAUCCAACUGAUGCCGUGCCAGUGGAGGUACUACUUAAAAAGAAAGUAAAAAAGAAGCAAAAUAUAGAUGCAGCUGAAGCUCAGCUCCGCAUUGAGAAGGCUCCCGAGGCAGAGGAAAAGACCAAACACCAUAAGCACAUCACUGUUCCUCCUAAAUUGAACCUUCAGCCAGGUGCGCAGUCUGGAUCUGAUAACCAUAGUUGACAACGCGAUGCCUCAAUUAAACGGUUUUGAAUCACAGAUACAUGUCUUAACUUUCUUGCUUAAUGUUCCGUUUCCUGUUGUAGGUUAUUGAAGUGUAGUUUUGUAAUUAUUGUUUAUUGAAAAUGAUUCACCCUUACUAGAUUAGGAUUAAAUUAGGUCACAUUAAGAGGCGCUGACAUCCACUCUGUGGUCUUUACUCCAACUAUAGCUCACUGUAUAGACCAUUUUCAUUUUAAUUUUCAAUACAGAUAUAUGCUCCAAAUUAUUUGGAUAAA